CUAGGAUGCGCGUGAUGAGGGAUAUUGCUGGCUAGUAGGAGCGGCAGUAUCCGCAGCCAGCUGCCGGGCGUGGCGAUUAUAAGUGUUGGUGGCCGGAAGUGGGGUCAAUGAUCGUUAAUGGAAUGUUCUUUGAAGCUGUGCGGUGCGUAUUGAGCGCUGACCUUAGAACGGUAAAGGAACGUUGUGGAUUGGAAGUCCUCGACAAGCACGAAGACUCGAACCUACUAUUCGAGCACGCAGCAAAAUUAUGCAAGGGAAGGACACCGGUAUGGGACGCAUAUGGCACAAGGAUAAUCGAAUGGAGAAUCCGUCGGCGAGGUCCAUGCUUCACCACCAUUCAGUGCUCGUGCCAGUAUCCGGCAACAAGUACCUAAGAAUGCGGCCACUGCUACACAGCCACCCAACCAGUGAGAUGAAAAAAAAAAGCCCUGUCGCAUUAUCUAGAUACUUUACGCCAGAUACAAGUACCGGUACACAAUGGUACAGCACAAACAACUACAGUCUGGUAAUAUCACACCUAGUCACAAUGCACCCCCUCCCACACACAGGUGGGCUACGACCUAGAAAGACACAAAUACUACAAAAACAACUCUUACAUUCCCUCUGCCUUCACCAUCCCGGCCGGAGACCACAGAUCCACGAUUAGCAACAAACUACCGAAUUCCCCAAAGGCUUCAGGCACAGUUGAGGUGGUCAAUCCCUGAUAGUUCUAGAGCAACACAAUUUCCAAACACGCAGAUACCAUCACUCGAUAAAGCGCCUAAACCAACCAAACAACAAGAGCGCAAUCUUUGUGCUGGAAAGUAUAGGGCUGGGUUUCGUCAGUACAGGUAUCAUAAGAUGUACAGUACAAGGAUCCGGCAGGCAACAAACAGCAAACAGGGGUAUUUGGCAGGCAGGCAAAAGUGGCCUCGUCAGGGUAAGGUAUGAUACCAAAAGAAUACCUAUUAUGAUACUAAUCCCUGUUUGUUACCUACAAGUACUCUUACCAUCUUGAAACUAGGGCGUAUGCAACGCCACGUGCAAGUGUCUAGAACCCCCAGACUCUGCCCUAAACCCCGAAAACAAUUGGCACAACCUAAGAAACCGUCAUCCGAUAUCAACACAUCGCGAAAGGUGGUGUCGGGGUAACUGAUGGCCUUCGCGUGAUGCAAGAGUUGUAUCUGCAUUAUGGGAAACUAGCGUCUGUGUAGCCUGUUAGCCCGUUUUCGGAUAAUAAGGCAUAUACAGACGCUGGUGGUAUGUCCUGCUAUAGGUAUACACGGUAGGUCGGGAUAUCGCUGUUUGAUGCGUUUAGGAAGGUCUAAGGUAGCAAGAAACUGCUGGAUGAACGCGGUACUGACUGAUCGGGCGGCAGAAGAGAGAGCAAAUACCAGUAUGUCCAUGGAAUGACGUAUUAUGGACUGCAUGGUAGGCUCUCUCAGUCAUUCAGAAUUCCAUGACUUCAUACAAGGGAGGAGGAUGUGCGAAGUCCUCGGGGCAUGGUAUGGUGGAAUGAACAAUGAGCGAGGAGAUGGCUUUCAUACCGGCACGCGUCAUCGUAAGUGCGUCCAUGAUCCUGUUAACCUUGCAAAGGGAUAUCCAAACGGAUCUAUUGUAUGAUUUACGGCCAUGUGAUUUCUGGGGGUUCAACGAAAAUAUACGAGUACAGUAGGUUUGAGAAAACCCUUCCAGUCGGAGACCUUGCAUAAUCCAAUUGCGCAGAAUCGUCCUUUUUUCUCCAAGUCCUCGAUAGAUGGGUGGAUGGAAAUAAGGCUCGGCUUCCCCUCUUCGAUAGUGGGGGAAAUCAUGUUCCUCUUCUUCUCGAAGGAUCAUGAUUUUAUGUUGGACCAGGCCCGGCCAUACGCAUCGGUCAAGCCGAUCACUGGUAUAUGCAGUUCUGGUAUAUCGAAAGUUAGUGAAGACAAAGGAGAGGAGCAGAGAGACCAUACAACAAUCAGGCGAACAAAUAUAAUGUGUACAACUACCGAGUAUCGUAGCAUUGCUACCCCGAUGGGUUUCCGACCAGAUUUCGGACAUACAAAACCUUCGGCACUUGCUACAGCCUACAAGGCCUUUUUAUGCAUACGUAUCUCUGAAACCAUAUCAGCUCUCCCACCGAAGCUUCUUCCCGAUACUCGUAUCGUGUUGGCAGUUAUAGAUUAA